AUGGCAACGGAUUCUUAUUGGGAUGCACGUCCUUCUUCUCAAGAUAAAAGCUCUAGUAAUUUUGGUGUUGCUUCAAUGGAAUCCGAGAGAAGGCCUCAUCUGGAUUCAAUUAAUAGCUUCAAUUAUUCUUCUACCUCUCCACACACCGUUGAAACACACAAGGACUUGCAGAAAGGGAUUUCUCUUCUGAAGAAAAGUGUGGCAUGUGUAACAACUUACUGCUAUAACUCACUCUGUUUAGAUGUUCCUACCGAGUCAUCUACCUUCAAGCAUUUUCUAAAUUAUUGGCCACGUUAUCUUCAACUAGGGAAGUUCGAUCUGUUUUUCCUUGAAAAUGGCUUGUUCAAGUUCUUUAUUAUAGGUAAGGUUAAGAUUGAGAGAGUGUCUCAUGAGUUAAAGGUUAAGUAUGGAGUGCUUAAAUCAGCUCGUGGCACGUUGGAAAAGAAUCGUGUGGAAAAGCUCGAAAAGUUCUAUCCCAAUCUUAUUUGCACACAAAGCCUGGGGCAUAUGGCAAUUACCUCAGAACGUCUUCACAAGCAAUCGGUUGUCAUAAAACAGAUAUGCAAAUUGUUUCCCCAACGUCGUGUACAUUUAGAUGAGGAGCGAAGAGAUGGAUCUAGCGGUCAGUAUGAUCUGAUUUGCAGUGCACGCUUGCCAAGGGGGCUUGAUCCACACUCUGUUCCCACAGAAGAGCUUGCUGCCUCGUUAGGAUACAUGGUACAGCUUCUAAAUCUUGUUGUUCAUAAUUUGGCUGCUCCUGCUCUUCAUAACUCAGGUUUUGCGGGGUCUUGCUCCCGAAUAUGGCAACGGGAUUCUUAUUGGGAUGCACGUCCUUCUUCUCGAAGCAAUGAAUAUCCGCUUUUUAUACCACGCCAAAAUUACUGCUCCACUAGUGGGGAUAAUUCAUGGACAGAUAAAAGCUCUAGUAAUUUUGGUGUUGCUUCAAUGGAAUCCGAGAGAAGGCCUCAUCUGGAUUCAAUUAAUAGCUUCAAUUAUUCUUCUACCUCUCCACACACCGUUGAAACACACAAGGACUUGCAGAAAGGGAUUUCUCUUCUGAAGAAAAGUGUGGCAUGUGUAACAACUUACUGCUAUAACUCACUCUGUUUAGAUGUUCCUACCGAGUCAUCUACCUUCGAAGCAUUUUCUAAAUUAUUGGCCACGUUAUCUUCAACUAGGGAAGUUCGAUCUGUUUUUUCCUUGAAAAUGGCUUGUUCAAGGUCAGGUAAGCGAGCUCAACAGCUUAACAAGUCUGUCUGGAAUGUGAAUUCUCCUAUGUCAUCGAGCACAUUAUUGGAGAGUGCACACAUGCUGCCUUUGACGAAAAACUUAUCCGAUCACAACCUUCCGAGUUCAGCUGCCAGUUUUCUUUUCGGCAAUGAGAUAUCUGAUAACGGGAAGAACGAAAGCCUUAUUGAUGGAUGGGAUAUAGUGGAGCAUCCGACAUUUCCCCCUCCACCAUCAGAAACCGAGGAUAUUGAGCAUUGGACUCGAGCAAUGUUUAUCGAUGCCACAAGUCGAUGACACAUUGCUUGUAAGUGACAUAUUGCAUAUGUGAUCUAACGCAGUCUCAACUAGCAUUAUGAUUAUCCGUAUGUAUGUUAAAUAGAGAUGAUGUCGAGCAGUGAUGUGUUUAUAUAAUUAUAUAUAUUUAUAAAUGUUAAAUCAGUGGGUUUGUAAGUUUAUAUUUAAGGAAAAGUGCAUUUAGUGUUUUUCUUUUUUGGAAUUUCAAUUAAAGUAAUGCAUUCAAUGAAAAA